CCUGACACGCCCCAACCGCCUUGUUUCUUCUUCUCGCUCCCUCCCCCUCUCUUUCUCCCCUCGAUUCGAAUCCUAUAAAUCGCUUCGUCUCUCUCUCUUUCUCUACCCGAUCGAAAUCGCCAUUAGCGACGAACUCGGAUUGGGAGGGAGGAGCGGAGACGAAGAGAGAGAGAGAGAGAUGUGUGGGAUCUUCGCGUACUUGAACUACAAUGUGGCGAGGGAGAGGAGGUACAUCCUCGAGGUGCUCCUCAACGGCCUCCGCCGCCUCGAGUACAGGGGCUACGACUCCUCCGGGAUCGCCAUUGACUCCGAUCUCGCCCCCGCCGCCGCGAUGCCGGAGAAGGGCCGAGGCGAGGGGGAGGCGGGUCCGAGGGGGCCGCAGCCGCUCGUGUUCCGCCAGGAAGGGAAGAUCGAGUCGCUCGUCGGAUCCGUGUACUCCGAGGUUGAUGAAAUGGAUAUAAACCUGGAGCGAACAUUUCUUGUUCAUGCUGGAAUUGCACACACUCGAUGGGCAACUCAUGGUGUGCCUUCUCCCAGAAACAGUCAUCCACAAUCAUCCGGUGCAGGGGAUGAGUUUUUGGUUGUUCAUAAUGGCAUUAUAACUAAUUAUGAGGUACUAAAGGAGACAUUAGUUCGGCAUGGGUUUACCUUUGAAUCAGAAACUGACACAGAAGUCAUUCCAAAGCUUGCAAAGUUUGUAUUUGACAGGGCACAUGAUGGAGAAGGAACUGUCACUUUUAGCCAAGUUGUCAUAGAAGUCAUGAGACAGCUUGAAGGAGCAUAUGCACUUAUCUUCAAAAGUUCACAUUAUCCAAAUGAACUGAUUGCCUGCACGCGAGGAAGCACAUUGAUCCUGGGUGUAAAAGAACUAAGUGGUGACACCGAUAAACCAUUAUUUCAUGAUGUUAAAGCACUAACAGCUAAUGGGAAGCCAAAGGAACUCUUCUUUUCCAGUGACCUGUGUGCAAUUGUGGAACAUACGAAAAAUUAUUUGGCCAUUGAAGAUAAUGAAGUGGUCCACAUCAAGGAUGGGAGUGUAUCAAUCCUCAAGUUCGACUACCAUAAUGAGAAGCCAGCAUCAGUGCAGCGAGCGUUGUCUUUUCUUGAGAUGGAGGUUGAACAAAUAAAGAAGGGAAAUUAUGAUCACUUCAUGCAAAAGGAGAUCCACGAACAACCAAAUUCUUUGACCACAACAAUGAGGGGAAGACUUAAAGAUAAUGGUGUUGUUUUGGGUGGCCUGAAGGAUCACAUGAAAACAAUCCGACACAGUAGAAGGAUAAUCUUUAUUGGUUGCGGCACAAGUUAUCAUGCAGCUUUAGCUUCAAGACCAUUUCUGGAGGAGCUUUGUGGUAUCCCUGUUACAAUGGAGCUUGCAAGUGACCUGCUGGAUAGAGAAGGUCCUAUAUAUAGAGAAGAUACGGCAGUUUUUGUUAGCCAAUCUGGGGAGACUGCAGAUACCCUACUUGCUCUUGAAUAUGCCCUAAAGAACGGGGCAUUGUGUGUUGGAAUAACCAACACUGUUGGUAGUACAUUAGCCAGGAAAACACACUGUGGUAUUCAUAUUAAUGCUGGUUGUGAGAUAGGUGUUGCGAGUACAAAGGCAUAUACAAGUCAGAUUGUAGUGAUGGCUAUGAUGGCAUUGGCUAUUGGGUCGGACAGAUUAUCCACUCAAGCUCGAAGAGAAUCUAUUAUAGCUGGCCUUUCAGACCUACCAAACAAAGUGAGGGAGGUCCUGAAACGUGAUGGUGAAAUGAAAGAUCUCGCCGAAUCACUGAUUGAUACGCAAUCGCUCCUUGUAUUUGGUAGAGGUUACAACUACGCCACUGCCCUCGAGGGUGCUUUGAAAGUGAAAGAAGUGGCCCUAAUGCACAGCGAAGGUAUGCUUGCCGGUGAAAUGAAGCAUGGGCCGUUGGCACUAGUGGACGAGACCCUGCCCAUUAUUGUUAUUGCCACUCGUGAUACUUGUUUCAGUAAACAACAAUCGGUUAUUCAACAACUACAUGCUCGCAAAGGACGUUUGAUAGUGAUGUGCUCGGAGGGAGACGCGCCCUCUGUUUGCACUGGUGAUUCUUGCAGAGUAAUCGAGGUCCCUCAAGUCGCAGAUUGUCUUCAACCAGUAAUCAAUAUUAUACCUCUGCAGUUAUUAGCAUACCACCUCACAGUUCUUCGCGGCUACGAUGUGGACCAACCGAGGAAUCUAGCAAAGAGCGUGACUACGCAGUGAGAGAAGAAUAGCAUUCGAUUGUUUCUUUUAUUUAUGAAUGAGUUUGUUCUUGCUAAGCUCUGGGCACCCUCGGUGCAGGCUGAAGUAGACCUAAGUUAGGUGUACUGUUUUGUUUGUUAUUUCUUGUUUUGUGUCUCAUCCUUCUCGACUCUGCUGUAAUGCAUUUCCUCCUACGUCCCAGUCCCAGAUGUGCUGUUUUGAGUAGGAGCUUGUAGAGAAUAAUGCUGUUUGAUCAAGUACCAUCUGAUUAGUGUUAUUAGAAGAGGUAUUAUAUGAAAA